AUGCUUAGCCGAAUCUCCAGGACCGGCAGCAGCUAUUAUAUUUCCACGGGGAGCCGUAACUCGAGCCGGAGUCCUGUCCGUGAUAAGUCGAGCUGGAAUCUAGGAUUGGCCAGAAUCUGGAGGUUCUUGGGAGUGCGGUUCUUCGCAGUGCGGAGGAUCGGCUAUCACCACGUACUAAUGGGCAUCAGUGUCGUGGGGAUUAUAUUACUUUCACUCUUGGUCGCGGGCUGCUCUUCGCAUCGAAUGCGUGGUAUAUAUCUCCUCCAGUUAUCGUACGACCACCAAAUCGCCGAUUCUACCCAGGACAGCGGGGGCGCAGUCACAAACCCGUCUUUCUACUCAGUAGUCGCAAAUACCAGCUCUACUGCUAGUCUGGCCGUCCGAGUAGGCUAUUUUGGGGUAUGUAUGGCAGAAGAUAAUCCUUUAAGCUGGACUUGUCGACCCAAAGCCAAAGACCUUGCAAAACAGGUGCUGGAGAGCCAGGACCCGCUUAAUGUUCUGGCCGUUGCGGAUAACUUUCGAGAUCAAGUCAUAGUUUCUGUGAUAAUAAUAAUGGCCAUCAUUAUGAUGCUGGUAGGAUUCUGCGGCCUCGGAACAUUUCCCGGAUGGCACGAGGAGACGAGGGAUGACGAAGUAGUUGAAGUCAAGCCAUUCCCGUCCCGGGCAGUAUCUAUACUUAUCCUGGGUUUGUAUGUAUUGGCAACGCUUUUCCUCUUGACAGCUAUUCUCUGGCAGCAUGUCGCAGUAGUAGCACACUCUGCCACUAUAGAGGCUGCGUUUAACGGUGCAGUCAAGGGGGAAGUAGGCACUGCUGCAAUGAUAUUUGGCUGGGUAGCCAUCGGCGCCAACUGCAUUGUAAUGAUAGGAUUGGGGGUGAUGGUUAUAAGCCUGGCAAUGCUAAGGGAACUGCUCGACGACGAUGAAGUUGAUGCCUGA